UGUUGGUUGCUGAGCAGAGUGGACAUGUCGCAGCUGUUGGAAAUAACUGCUCAUUCCACUGUCGAGAUACCAAGCGGUGAAUGGAAAAUUCUACGCGAUCUCUACGUAGAACGGCGCAACGAAUCCACCGGCUACAGUUGCAUUAAUAAUUUUAUUCAUUGGAUAGCAAAAGAUCCAAGCAUAGAUAUAAAAUGCUAUACACUGGAUGACAGUGACUGGCGUACAGAUGGCACACAUUUAUUUAUUUGGAAGUUCCCUCAUAAUCAACAUGUGUUCUUCAAUACGCUGAGCGAGAGCCUGGAACGGUUAACUGCACUGCUGCUUUGCUUGACUUCCAAUAAAAUAUUGUUCAAUGGCUAUGGAGAGCGUCUCAUGCCGGCAGUCGAUGCAUUUCGCAAGCAUUUUGCUGAAGCUCCAAUGAGCACAAAUUCAACUGUUUGGUAUAGAGCCAACAAAGAACUUGUUGUUGCUUUUACUGCUGACGCUCCCGCUGGUCUUGAGUUUAAGAACUUAAAACUUGAGGAUGCAGAAACCAUCAACGAAAUUUGGCCACAUCGUGCGCCGGGCUCUAUUCACUUCGUUAGAACAUUGAUUGCCCACAAUGUUUCAGUGGGCGCUUAUGAUGCCAAUGGUGAAUUGAUAGCUUGGUGUUUACGUUUACCCCUUGGUUCCUUGGGAAUAUUGCAAGUUAGAGACACUCAUAAGCGACUUGGUUUGGGCAGUUUGAUGGUGCGUUAUUUAUCUAAAAAGAUUUCGGAGCUUGGUGAAGAAGUUCUGGCUCCAGUUGUUCCAGUUAAUAUGGCCUCACGCUCUAUGUUUGAAAAAUUGGGCUUUCAGUCCAUAGAUAAAGUUUACUGGACUUUUUAAGCAAUUCAUAGUUUAUUUGAAUCUCAGCAUUUAAUAACAUUUUAGGCCAUAUAUA